AUGGGGACACCUAGGGUAGUGAAAAGUCAGGCUAUAAUAGAUUUAUUGGCGCAGUUUCCAAGAGAGGAAGAAUUCCCACUGGAUGAUGAAGUUCCAGGGGAAGUAGCUAUGGCAGAAGAAGUUAGGAAACAGUGGGUAAUGAAAUUCGAUGGGUCUUCUACUACCCAUUCCGGAGGGGCGGGAGUAGUUCUGUAUCAUGAAGAAGACAAGGCAAUGGCGCUGUCAUUUAAAUUGGAAUUCCCCUGUUCAAACAACACGGCGGAGUACGAAGCCUAUCUAACUGGGCUUACCACGGCGCUCGAAAUGGGAGUCAAACAUUUGAAAGUACUGGGAGAUUCGAACUUGGUCGUCUGCCAGGCCAAAGGAAGUUUUUCCUUAAAGGAACCUAGCCUAGCCCCGUACAGAGCGAUGGCCCAGAGAAUGGAAGAAAAAUUCUCAACCUUUGAGAUAGAACAUGCUCCAAGAAACGAAAAUUGGUUUGCGGACGCGUUAGCUGCAUUGGGUUCGCAAAUAAUCUUCAAAGGGAAUAGCAUUAAUAUAGAAGUCAGCAAGAGGGAAGAAUCCAUCAUUGAGGUGUUGAAGGAAAAGUUCCGGGAGGAACAGGGCGAAGGGGAUUGGCGAAUCCCCAUAAAGGAAACCUUGGUGAAGGGAGAUGAUGCAGUAGAAUUGAAGAUAUUAAAAGACUAUGCCUUGGUAAAAGAAGAGUUGUACCGCAGGAUGCUAGGUGGGAUUUUAUCUAGAUGCGUGGGGCAGGAGGAAGCCUAG